AGAAGGAAUAGGUAGCCCGGGAGGAAGCGGCGGCACGGUCGGCUUUGAACCCGCGCUCCACGCAAGAUGGCGGUGCGGGGUUAGAGCGCGCUCGGAGCGGAGCCUGGGCACAGGCGGCACGAUAUUGGCUGAGCUGACAAAAAACAGACUGAAGUUGAAGAGACAUAUUGUGCUGCCCCGAGAUUACUACCAUUGCAGCUGCGACCUUGCUGAUUUGAUCAUCUCAUCUACAGCUGAAAGCACACAAGAUUGUUUCUUCGAAAGAUGAUCAUGUGAAUACUUGAUUCCCAAGGAGCAUUUGAAUGACUGACUGCCCAAAAAUGUCAAGUUCAGGUUACCCCCAAGGUCAAGGCCCAUUUGGUGCAGAACCAACACGAUACCCAACUCAUGCCAUUCGAUAUAGCUUCUCAGGCAGGCACCAGCAGGAAUUUGCAGUUCCAGAUUAUCGCCUUCAGGAUUCACAGCUUUUACAGCAGCAGCAUCAGCAGCUGCGUAGACGCCCAUCGCUGCUUUCAGAGUUCCAUCCAGCCUCUGAUAGGCCUCAAGAAAGGAGGAGUGGCUAUGAGCAGUCAUACCAUAGCGUGGCUGGACAGCCUGACCAUGAAUCAUUGGAAUCCAAACGCCCACGGCUUGAACAGGUACCUGAUCCCCACUUUCAGCGUGCUACAGUACUGCCCUUAGCUCACCCAGUACCAGAGGGUCUUCGAGCACCCACAGAGGUGAAAAAGGAAUCUUUUUCAGUCAAGGCUGAUGUCCCAUCAUCACCAACGACCAAUCAGCAGGUUGGAGAUGAACAAGAUUCAUCUCCUUCCAAACUAUCCAAAGAGGAACUCAUCCAGAGUAUGGACCGUGUUGACCGAGAAAUAGCCAAAGUGGAACAGCAAAUCCUCAAACUGAAAAAGAAACAGCAACAGCUUGAAGAGGAAGCUGCCAAACCUCCAGAGCCUGAGAAACCAGUCUCCCCUCCUCCAGUGGAACCAAAACAUCGCAGUAUUGUCCAGAUUAUCUAUGAUGAAAACAGGAAAAAAGCAGAGGAAGCUCACAAAAUCCUUGAAGGUCUGGGUCCAAGAGUAGAAUUGCCACUUUACAACCAACCAUCUGAUACAAAGAUUUACCAUGAAAACAUCAAAACGAACCAAAUAAUGAGGAAAAAAUUGAUUCUUUUUUUCAAGAGGAGAAACCAUGCUCGCAAACAAAGGGAACAGAAGAUCUGCCAGCGUUAUGACCAGCUGAUGGAGGUGUGGGAAAAAAAAGUAGAAAGAAUAGAAAACAACCCCCGGCGGAAGGCCAAGGAGAGCAAGACUAGGGAGUAUUAUGAGAAACAGUUCCCUGAAAUCCGCAAGCAAAGGGAACAGCAGGAACGAUUUCAAAGAGUGGGACAGAGGGGAGCUGGGCUUCCAGCAACUAUAGCGAGGAGCGAGCAUGAGAUUUCAGAAAUUAUCGAUGGACUUUCUGAACAGGAGCCAAAUUGUAGUAUUCUCCUAAUUUGCCCUUGGUUUUUUUUUCUUCAGUGUGUAGCAGACUGCGUUUUGUAUUAUUAUUUGACAAAGAAAAAUGAGAACUACAAGAAUCUUGUGAGGAGGAACUACGGCCGGCGCAGAGGAAGGAAUACGCAACAAAUUUCUCGCCCUUCACAAGAAGAAAAAGAAGCUGAAAAAGAGGAGGAAAAGGUUGAAAAAGUAGAGAGAGAAGAAAAGGACGAGAAGAAGGAAGAGGAGAAAGAUGAUAAAGAAGAACCUCAAAGGGAAACCGUCAAGGAAAAGGACAAACCAGAUACUGCAGGAGAGGAACCUGAAGAAAAGGAACAGUCUGCUCCACGAGGUCGGAAAACUGCAAACAGUCAGGGGAGGCGGAAAGGCAGGAUCCUGAGAUCCAUGGCAAAAGAAGCUAUCACUGAAGAGCCACCCAACCCCCCUCCUCCGCCUGAACUUGCUGUCACUGAACCUGUGGAGACAUCUCGUUGGACAGAGGAAGAAAUGGAAGUGGCCAAAAAAGGACUCGUGGAACACGGGCGGAACUGGGCAGCCAUUGCAAAGAUGGUGGGCACCAAAAGUGAAGCACAGUGCAAGAAUUUCUAUUUCAAUUACAAGAGGCGGCACAACCUGGACAUGCUAUUGCAGCAGCACAAACUUAGAGUGCAACAGAUGUCACGGAGAUCUCGUGAGGACCGGGAAGUGUCUCAAUGCGAAAGCAUUGCUUCAACUGUGUCUGCUCAAGAAGAUGAGGACAAUGAAGUGUCCAAUGAGGAGGAGAAUCCAGAGGACAGUGAAGGAGCUGAGAACAGCUCAGAUACUGAAAGUGCACCUUCACCAUCACCUGUAGAUACAGGCAAGUCAAGCAAAGAAAGUACAGAGAUGAACAAGUUAACUGAAGAAGGGCUCAAUCCCACAAGCAGAAGUUCUCCAAUUAUUCCACCUGUCUCACCAGCACAAGCUGCUGCUUUGCCUGAACUGCAGGUUAAACAAGAAAUGAACUUAGGCUUUGAGGAGUCAAUGGAGGAGCAGAGGGGCUCUGAAGCUGAAGUAAAGCCUAUGUUUGAGCCUCAGGUGAAACCCAAAACUGAACCUGUGGAUGUGGAUAUGAAACCAGAAGAAAAUCUGCAAGUUAAAGUGGAGGUGGAUGCCAAAGACAAAGAGUUUGAGAAGGCCAGGCAACAGGAAACAGUGGCAUCAGAGCUACUUGAUCUGCCACAGCCUGGAUCACAGGUGGAAUCUCAUUCAGACAAUGAUUCAAGCGCAACUUGCAGUGCUGAUGAAGUGGAAGAUGGGGAGCCUGAAAGGCAAAGAAUGUUUUCUCCGGAAUCAAAAUCAUCAUUGCUGAAACCUCUCAGCUCAGUGUUGAUGACCUCAGCCAUGAAACCAGUUCAGAUGGAUAUCCAGCAACUACAGCAGCGAGCGGCCAUGAUUCCCAAUAUGCUUCCUGAUGAAGGAACAAUACUCCACAAGCUAGUCAUUGGCCCCAACAAGAAUCUCAAUCUCUGGCUAUCCACUCUCCCCUUUCAGAGACCCCUGCAGACAUUCCAUGAUAUCUGUGACCCAGGCACCAGGAGGCAAAAUGCCAUUGUGGAUUCAGGUCUGCAGCAACAAAGCUGCUUGUCGACACUCCUUACCAACAAAUCCCCUGCCUCUAUUUCCUUUUCAUGCUCAUUCCUCUCUUCUCCCCCACCAAUGGCUGCACCAUAUGUGCCGACCACUGCCCCUGUAAGUGGCCUGGCCCUGUUUCAGCGGCACAUCAAAGCUAUGCAUGAUUCUGCACUUCAGGAGGAACAGAUGCGACAAAGGCAAGAACAUAUGGAUGCUGAGCGCAGAAAUUCUUCCAGUCCCAACAUCAGUGGCAAAACCUGUCCAAUCUUGGAUAGAGAAGGCAAGCCAUUUGUUUACAUGCCUUAUCAUGAGGCACGGCGUGUGAUGGAGCAGGAAUCGCAGACUACGGGAGCCAGAUCCGCAUCACCAUACAGGCUGUCCCCAAGGGAAUCCUGUAAACUUUCUCCACAACCAGAGAUGAACACCUUGCGGUACAGUGUACCACCAGUUCUUCAGCCCGCUCCACAUCAAAUGAUGCAAACUACAUCUGAAGGAGGGAAGUUAGUGAUUACCAGACCAGCUAGACCAUCCAACAUUCCCUCCCCUCCCCCACUCAUUCCUUCAACAAAACCACCACUAUCUACUGAGAAGCCAACAUUCAACAUGGGAGGUUCAAUCUCACAGCAGUACAUGGGAGCAGCAGUCUGCCAGAGUCUGUUACAGGUUUCUUCUGGCACAUACCUAGCCCCUCACAACCAAGUAGCUUAUAACCAAGAAACUGUGAAAAAUACAGUGGGUUCCAUCUCCCUCGGGCUGCCAAGACAACAGGAUCCUGUGAAAUCUGGUCCAUUACAGUUUAUUAAACAAGAGGAACUGUCUCCCAGAAGCCAGAAUCCGCAACCGGAAGGUCUACUCUCCAGGGCUACUUAUGAGACAAAUGUGGUCAGAGGUGGUCCGAUGGCAAACAUCCAGGAAGCAAGUCUAACACGAAGCAGCCCAGCAAGCAAGGUUUCUGCGGAACCACCUUCUUAUCGAGGUUCCAUCACUCAGGGUACUCCAGGCCUGUCACAACAGGGCAUUGCAGCAGACACGUUGUUGAAAGGCGCAAUCAGCAAAUUGGCCGCUGAGGAAUCGGGCAGCCCUGAGCAGUCAAGGGAAGAGGCAAUAUCAAAGGGCCAUGUCAUCUAUGAAAGUAGUAGCGGCCAUAUCCUCUCAUAUGACACUAUAAAAAAUAUACGCGAAGGAACCAGGAGUCCCAGAACAGGCCACGAUGUCCAUGGGGUUAAACGGACCUAUGACCUAAUGGAAAGUGGAUUAAGUCGAGUCCCAGUACGUGAAUCCUCGGUGUCUGCACCCUAUGAAGGUCUCAUCAGUCGUGCAAGGGAAAGCCCACAUUUAUCAGAAUCUAAAGACAGAGCUGUUCCAUCAGGGUCAAUAAUGCAGGGUACACCAAGAGCAUCCAGUGAGACCUAUGAAGAAAGCAUGAAGUAUGGGAAACAGAUCAAGCGGGAAAGCCCACCCCUGCGAACCUUUGAAGGGUCCAUCACAAAAGGCAAACCCUACGAGGGAGUCACCACCAUUAAAGAGAUGGGUCGCUCAAUUCAUGAAAUUCCAAGACAAGAAAGUCGCAAAACCCCAGAAAUUGUACAGAGCAGCAGAUCGAUUGUGGAAGGAUCUAUAUCUCAGGGAACCCCGGUGAAGCACGAAAACCAAUCUGCCAUUAAGCAUGAUGUAAAGUCUCUGAUCACAGCCUCUGGCAAACAUCCACACCCCAUGCACCAGCUAGAGAUGAUCUCGGAGGGUGUGAAGAUAGUGGAAAGGAAGUAUGAAGAUAUGAAACCUGCUGAUCAACUACGAGGCCGUCAUAGUGCAGUGGUCAGUUCUGGGACCUCUGUGCUCAGGUCAACAAUGCAUGAAGCUUCUAAAUCUCAGCUGAGUCCAGGCCUCUAUGAAGAUCCCAAUGCAAGAAGAACCCCAUUGGGAUACCCUGGUUUCAUUCCCAGGGGCCCACCAAUAGUCAGCAGACCCCAAGAAGGUGUUAUGACUUCAGUGAAGUCCACUGGACAUGAAAGGAAGACCACACUGGUCCCAACACAGAGAGACAACAUGUCGGUUAAGUCCCCAGUCUCUGUGGUGGACCCAUCAGCAACUCUCAGUCCUUAUGAUUCUCUCCAUGGACGAGGGAAUCCUGAAUAUAGAAGUCAUGUUCCUCACCCCUUCGAGCAGACAAUGGCUUUUCACAGAGCAUUAGACCCAGCUUACCUGUUUUCCCGGCAGCUUUCUCCAAAUCCCAGUUACUCUAGUCACUAUCAACUGUAUGCAAUGGAAAAUACUCGACAGACCAUCCUCAACGACUAUAUCACUUCUCAGCAGAUGCAAGUUAUUACCAAACCAGAUGGCACCAGGGGAAUGUCACCACGAGAAACUUUAGGAGUUCCCUAUGCUGCUGGAUCCAGAGCAAUCAUUGAAUUGGGACCAGUGUCUCACACCAUACUCGUGCCAGGUGGGAGCAGCACUCCUCCCAUGGAGAGAAUAACUUACAUCCCAGGGAACCAAGCCCCUUACCCGGGAAGAUACAACCACUCCCCUAUAUCACCAGGUCACCCUGCACAUAUGUCUGCUACUGCAGCUACUGCAGAGCGUGAAAGAGAAAAAGAGCGUGAGAGAGAACGGGAGCAGAGGGAGCGGGAACGGGAACAGAGAGAACGGGAGAGAUUGGCUGUGACAACAUGUGACCUGUCUUACCUUAGAGCAGGUCCUGAACAGACCAGUAGACCAAGUAGCCACGGAUAUGUCCGUUCUCCAUCGCCAUCUGUACGAACGCCGGAGACCAUCUUACAGCAACGACCCAGUAUAUUCCAAGGAGCCAAUGGCAAAGGGGUUAUAACUUCACUGGAUGCAGCUACGCAGUCUCGGAUAAUGCAGGUACCACCGGGAGCCCUGUCCAUGGCACAGGGAUUGUCUACGUCCCGCUACAACACUGCAGCAGAUGCCCUUGCAGCAUUGGUGGAUGCUGCAGCCUCUGCACCUCAGAUCGAGAUGACAAAGGGGAAAGAGAACAAACAUGAAGCUCCCCGAGUGGAAGAAAUGACCGCUCGCAGAGUUUCUGAGCAACAGCCAAAUAUUCAUCACCAGGCACCGCAACAGCCACAAAGUGAACAUGAGCGACGGUCAGUGCAGUCACCAUAUUCAUCCACGGCCAAGGGUCAGGGUCAAUCCAACUAUCCAGAGAGCAUUAAAGACAAAGCACCACCCCCCAAAUCUAGAUAUGAAGAGGAACUCAGGACUCGAGGCAAGACCACAAUAACAGCAGCAAAUUUUAUAGAUGUGAUCAUCACCAGGCAGAUUGCCUCUGAUAAAGACAGUCGUGAGCGAGGAUCUCACAGUUCAGACUCUUCUAGCAGUGUAUCUUCCCAUCGCUAUGACAUGCCCAGUGUGGAUGCGAUUGAGGUAAUCAGUCCUGCAAACUCACCUGUCCAGUCACAGGAGAAGGCUGAACCUGUCCAGCAGGAGACACACAAGCCUUCCCAGGGAGAUGGUGAGCCUAAUACACGAGGGUUUGAUGUGCCCAUGAGUCGGUACAGGAUGAUGCAGAAGUCACCGUCUCCACAGCAGCAACCACCAUCCUCUCAGCCGGACAGCGUGUAUUCCUCUGUUCCUAACCCUCAAGUUUCCAAAACACACAAAUUGAUCACUCUCGCUGAUCACAUCCAUCACAUUAUUACACAGGACUUUGCCCGAAACCAACCCAAUAGCCCGUCAUCACAGCCUCCAGUAUCUACAUUCCAAACAUCUCCAGUGCUCUCUAACCGUGGGAAGGGUUCCACUCAUUACAGCACAGACUCUCAGCCACAGACCACUCAAACAGCUCUUCUUCAGAGGCCGCCAUCCAGAGUCUCUCCUGAAAAUCCAACGGAAAAAGGCAGAGGAAGGCCUGGGAAAUCCCCAGAACGAAGCCACGUUUCGUCAGAACCAUAUGAGCCUAUCUCCCCUCCCCAAGCCCCUGCCAAUCUAGAGAAGCAAGAGAGUGUAGUACAACCUCCUCAGCGAAGGGAGGCAGAACCCACUGAACAGAGGCUGCCCCCAAGUAAUGAAUGGCUCCCGAUGCCCUUGCUUGUCCGAAGAGGUCGUGCCCCAGAUUCUGCUACAAGGAGUGAGGCUCGAUCUCCAGGGAAUGUGGGCUAUUUGCCAGCGUUCUUCACUAAGCUGGAGAACACUUCGCCAAUGGUGAAAUCGAAGAAGCAGGAGAUAUUUCGUAAGUUGAACUCCUCUGGUGGCGGGGAUUCUGACAUUGCUAAUGCGCAGCCUGGGACUGAGAUAUUUAACUUGCCUGCUGUCACAUCAUCAGGUGUGGUUUCGUACAAAAAAGGUUCAGUCAGUUCUCGGAGUCAUUCCUUUGCAGAUCCAGCCAGUAAUCUUGGCCUUGAAGACAUUAUCAGAAAAGCCUUAAUGGGAAAAUAUGACGAUAAAGGAGAAGAUCACCAAGUUGUACUGUCCCACCCUGUGAGUGCAUCACAAGGCAACAUGAGCACAUCGAUCCCUGUGUCCAGUGAUGCUCGGAAUGAGGAAGCCAAUCCGUCACCUCCGUCAGGCUCAACUGCGUUCCCUUAUAACCCACUGACAAUGCGUAUGAUGAGUGUAGCACCAACAUCGAUUGCUUGUGCACCACCAGCCAUGGGUCAAGCCAGCUCACAUCCUCCAGCCAGGACGUGGGAGCGCGAGCCAGCUCCCUUACUCUCCUCCCAAUAUGAGACACUAUCAGAUAGUGAUGACUGAAUACAGUGCCCUGGCUACGGUUUUAGUAGUUUUUUCAGGCCUGCAGACCACAGACAAGAGACUCUCCUCGAGCCCAGCUCACCAAGUGAUGAAGUAAAGGAGGGUUUGCUCACAUAGGCAAAUGCAAAGCAGUGUUAAGUCCUCAGAUGAGCAGAUGCUGGGUGGAGAAGAAAUUGUGAUCACAGAUGCUCAUGUAGAAUUCACAAUGAAAGACACUUUCUGCUCUCAUUUGUUUGUUUAAAAACUGUCUUUAAAUCAUUCUUGUGUAAUAUAGAGUACUGUACCAUUGUAUCAUGCUACCAAUCUUACAUUUUAAAAGAUCCUGAAACAGUGAAUUGACUGUUGUAAACACAGGAAUUUCCCACCAUAAGGUGAGCCCGAGUGACUGGUAUUCCAUAUUCGUUGUAAAUUAAGUUCCAUUUUGUCUUUAAUUAUUUAGCAGCAGUGCUAAGAUAUUAAUGCAUGGAUGUAUUAUGAUUCAUUGUAAAACAAAAGAAUUGAAGGGAGUAUAUAACCUGGUUUUGGGCUCAGGAAGGGGCCUAAACCCAGUUACUGUGCACAAUAAUCACCCAAAGGGAAUAUCUUUUGCCUCCACCUCAUGCUUCUCCCUUAAUUAUUUCAGUCAUCUCUCCAACAAAAUGAAAUACUGUUUUAAAAUCUGGGAAACGUAAGCAGGUCUUAAUGUUGCUUCCACAAGUUAAUUUGUUUUUCUUGUGAGUGUGGAGUGAAGGAAUUUCUAAUUUCUGAGAAUGUUUAGUAGUUGGAAUGAAAGUAGAUAUUCAGCAUAAAUGAAGAGUGACAAAGUUCUCAGUCACAGGUUCUCUUGUGCCAUGCAGUUUUGACACUAGUGGCCUGACAUUAGUUUCUGAGCUUCUGCUGUAUUCACAGAACAUUGUGAGGUUUCAGUGUCAGAUUCCUGCACUUUGGGAAUAUGUCCCACAACUGCAGAACUGCAUGUGAACAUCAAAAUGAAUAAACAGUAAAAGUCUGAAUGGAGGAAUUGCUAAGAAUCAACUAAUUUCAAACAUUACUGAAGUUGCUGUCCUGGCUGGGUACAGAUUAUUGGUCCCAGUGGAGUAAAUGCACUAAUUUCAGCUUUAAAUCCUUUGACUGUCAGGUGUGCAGAUUUUGAAAUGCAUGUUUAUUUUCUUUUCUGAUUCCUCAAAAAAAAGUGUAAAUUCUUUAGAUGCUGAAUGUUACACAGUAGAAAUUGAGGCAGCUCCACAAAUGAUUCUUUGGAAUGGAAUAAUGUUAUCACAUUAUUUUCCUAUGUUCAGGCCUGCGGACAGCCCUUGAAGCAUGACAUUUGCCUCCGAUAGAAGUUGUAUUUCAUUGUUGCACUGUCUCUUGUAACUGCAGUCUCCCUUCCUGCCAAGUAGCCACUCCAGGCUAACGUCUACCUUUUAAAUAGUUCGCCAUUCCAGAACCACAACACAUUCAUGUAAAUGUUUAUCGAACUAAAAUAAAGAUGGCAUCUGAUUUCAGUCUUUUAAA